GCUCCUCUAUUCCCGCGCUGUACUCUCCGAGCGCUUAGGACAAGCCCUCGGUGAAUACGACUGAACGAAUGAUCCCCUUCCUAGCUAGACCAGGCGAGCAAAAUGAUGCCUAGAGAGAGAGGCACGAUUAAGGGUAUUCAUCGAGGGCUUAGUGGGCGCAGAGCACUGUACUAAGCGCUGGGGAGAGUACAGUAGAGCAUCAAACGUCGGGAGACGCAGAGCAGGGGUCCCGGUCCGAACCGAGAGCCCCGUGCCGGUCUCCGGGGCGCAGUUCGGCGCUGGGCGCGGAGGAAGGAUUCCCCAGAGGUCGGGGAUGAGACGCGUAACGUGCCGCCGCCGGUCUCCAUUCCCCUCCCCCUCCGCCCCCCCGGCCUUCUCUUCCCCCAGGCGCCGUCGGGCCUCCGGGGGCUUUCCCGCCAUGGACUCGACGUCCGCCGCCAACGGCACGGGCCCGGAGCACAACUCGCCGACCAUCCCGGCGGUGAUGUUCAUCUUCGGCGUGGUGGGCAACCUGACGGCCAUCGUGGUGCUCUGCAAGUCCCGCAAGGAGCAGAAGGAGACCACCUUCUACACGCUGGUGUGCGGGCUGGCGGUCACCGACCUGCUGGGCACCUCGCUGGUCAGCCCCGUGACCAUCGCCACCUACGUGAAGGGCCAGUGGCCGGGCGGGACGGGGCUGUGCGAAUACAGCACCUUCAUCCUGCUCUUCUUCGGCCUGUCGGGGCUGAGCAUCAUCUGCGCCAUGAGCGUCGAGCGCUACCUGGCCAUCAACCACGCCUACUUCUACAGCCACUACGUGGACAAGAAGCUGGCCGGCCUCACGCUCUUCGCCGUCUACGUCUCCAACGUGCUCUUCUGCGCCCUGCCCAGCAUGGGGCUGGGCAGCUCCAAGCGCCACUUCCCGGACACCUGGUGCUUCAUCGACUGGAGCACCAACGUGACCACCCACGCCGCCUUCUCCUACAUGUACGCCGGCUUCAGCUCCUUCCUCAUCCUGGUCACGGUGCUCUGCAACGUGCUGGUCUGCGUGGCGCUCAUCCGCAUGCACCGGCAGUUCGUGCGGCGGACCUCCCUGGGCACCGACCACCACCAGCAGCAGCGGCACGCGGCCUCCGCGGCCACCCUGGCCACCGCCCGCCUCGGCUCCGGCCCGGGGUCCUGCGCCGUCCCCCGGCUCGGCGACCUCCGUCGCCGCCGGAGCUUACGCCGCAUCGCCGGGGCCGAGAUCCAGAUGGUCAUCCUGCUCAUCGCCACCUCGGUGGUGGUGCUCAUCUGCUCUAUCCCACUGGUGGUGCGCGUCUUCGUGAACCAGCUGUACCAGCCGGACACGGUGCGGGACAUCGGCAAGAACCCCGACCUGCAGGCCAUCCGCAUCGCGUCCGUGAACCCCAUCCUGGACCCCUGGAUCUACAUCCUGCUCCGCAAGACGGUGCUCAGCAAGGCCAUCGAGAAGAUCAAGUGCCUGUUCUGCCGCAUGGGCGGGGGCGGGCGGGCGGCCCCCCCCGGGCACCGCUUCCCCUGCGCCGACGGCCGCGUCGCCUCCUCCUCCUCCUCGGCCUCGGCCUCGGCCCGCUCGCGCUCCUUCCUGUCCCGGGAGCUGCGGGACGUCAGCAGCACGUCCCAGACCCUCCUCUACCUGCCCGAGCUCAGCGAGGGCAGCCUCGGGGGGCGGCCCGCCCUGCCGGGGGCCUCGGGGACCCCCGCCCCCGACGGCUCCGAGGCCUCGGACGCCUCCCAGGGGCCCGACUCGGACAGCGGCCUGCUGGCGGGAGGGCCCGGCCCGGGCUCAGGCCCCGCCAGGAAGCCCCGCGGCCUGCAGGCCCUCUUCCCCAGCGAGACGUUGAACUUUUCCGAGAAGUGCAUCUAGCCGGGGGUCGGGAAGGGUGGGGAGUGGGAGGGGGG